CGGUGUGCGGGCCGAGCUUCGAGGGGCUGAGCUUCGAUGGAGGACCACAUGACGGGGCGCAACAAGGAGAAGCGUUAUGAGUGCGACGUGUGCGGCAAGGCCUGGCAGCGGCCGAGCGACCUGGAGACCCACCGGCGGGUGCACACGGGAGAACGCCCCUUCGCCUGCUCCACCUGCGGCAAGAGCUUUUCCCAGUUGCCGAGGCUGCGGGUGCACCGGCUGGUGCACAGCAGCGAGCGGCCCUUCGCCUGCCCCGACUGCGGCAAAGGCUUCAAGUUGUCCACGGACCUGAAGAGGCACCGGCUCCUGCACACGGGGGAACGCCCCUACACCUGCAGCGACUGCGGCAAGGGCUUCACCGGCACCACCAGGCUGCUGGAGCACCAGCGUGUCCACACCGGCGAGCGGCCCUACACCUGCGCCCAGUGCGGCAAGGGCUUUACCUGCUCCUCCAGCCUGCUGUCCCACCAGCAGAUGCACGCCCGCGACCGGCCCUACCCCAGGCCCUUCACCUGCUCCGACUGUGGCAAGGGCUUCAUGAGGGCACAUGAGCUAAAGAUCCACCAGCGGGUGCACACGGGCGAGAAGCCCUAUGGCUGCUCCACAUGCGGCAAGAGCUUCACCCAGUCGUCAGGGCUGCGGGUGCACCUGCGGGUGCACAGCAGCGAGCGGCCCUUCACCUGCUCCGACUGCGGCAAAGGCUUCAAGUCGUCCACGAACCUGAAGGUGCACAGGCGCCUGCACACGGGGGAACGCCCCUACACCUGCGGCGACUGCGGCAAGGGUGACCGAGCGCGCGGGCGGGCGGGCGAGCGGCCGUUGGUGAAGAACCUUCUGGAAACGGCGGGAAACAACGGGCGGCAACGGCUGAGGGAGCGCGAGCGGGAGCGGCGACAGUUGGUGGCUGGGAUCCCGGCGGCCAUCUUGACUACUGUCCGGGUGGAGCUGGAGCGCGAGCGCGAGCGGCGACAGUUGGUGGCUGGGAUCCCGGCGGCCAUCUUGACUCCCGGCAGCCAGUCAUGA